GGAAAAAAAAAAAACGAAUAUAUAUUAUGAAUCGCAUUUUAUUCGCAUCGAAUAUCGUUGAUGUAUUUACAGAUUAUAUCAAAAAACCUUUUGAAAUAUUAAAAAAUCCGAUCACUUGUCACGAGUAGUUUUGUUCUUUCGAUUUACGAAACAAUCGUUGCCAUGCCGACAGUUCUAUCAAUAAAGCUACUCGUUGCUAAUUAGAUAUAAUGACGCGCGAGUAAAAUCGCAUUUUAUUAUAUUUAAGCACUUUAUUAAGAAUGAAUAAUCAGUUACAAAAUGUACUUUCCUAUGCAACAAUAAAUGCCAUGUAAUUUGUUUUGUAUAAGAAAUGAAAUCGAUACUUAUCCAUGGAAAAGUGAAUACGAAGGGUAAAACGAAAUUGGAAGGGAAGUUCAUCUAAUUGGAUCUUUCGAAAGCAUACGUGAGAAUGAGCGCAGACGCGAUUCAUUCGGUGGAGUUUGACUUGGACAGAAGCGCGUUGACCGUUCAACGAAAACUGUCGUACAUAUCUAAGGUGGAUGUGUGACAUCUCGAUAUACGUCACAAAAACUUUUGCGAAGAGCUGUGAUUUCUCUUUUUUUUUUUUUAUUUUUCGGUCUGAAUGAAAGUAAAUAGGAUCCCAUGUGUUUGAGCUUUUACUCAUUGAGUAAAAUCAUGAGGUGUUUUUUAACAGUUGCUUAUCUAGUUACUCUUGUUUUACGCAACGAGGUACCAUUCCGCUGCUACUUUUACGGUCACCGAUAAGGUAUAUUUCGACGUGAUGAUAGACGAUCAACCCGCCGGAAGAAUCGUUUUAGGCUUGUUCGGGGAUAUCGCUCCAAAAACAGUGAAGAACUUUCUUACGAUAGCUACGACCGGUAUAGAUGGGAGAACUUACGCGGGCACGCCCUUUCAUCGUAUUAUUAAGAAAUUUAUGAUUCAAGGCGGUGAUAUCGAGAAUGGCGAUGGUACUGGAUCUAUCAGUAUUUAUGGGAAAUAUUUCGACGACGAGAACUUUGAUUUACAACAUACCGGACCAUUUUUCCUUAGUAUGGCAAACGCUGGUGAAAAUGCUAAUGGUUGUCAAUUUUUCAUUACGACCGUUGCUACGCCUUGGUUAGACGGAAAGCAUACCGUUUUUGGGAAGGUGAUCGAAGGACAGAGCGUAAUUUUCAAAAUCGAACUGACACAGACGGACGUCUAUGAUAAACCGGUCAAGCCGGUAAUUAUAUCCGAAUGUGGAGUAAUUCCGGUGACGUCGCCGUUCUCCGUUUCCGACGAUCCCUACAAUAUCUGGGAAUGGAUCAAAGCGACCUGCGUACCAUUGACUUUCAGUUUCACGGUUCUUGCUUUCUUUCAUUGGAUGAUGAAGCAACUUGACGUUUAAAAAUAAUCUAGAAAGUGACUUUACGUACUGAAAGAGAAAGGGAAUAUCACGAUGGAAGCCGUUCAGAUCGGAUAGGAUAUAAUAUACGUAUAUGUUGUAAGGGAGAGCAAUUGAUAUUACUUAUAUGGAAUCUCAAUAAAUAUUUGUUAAAAUGAA